ACUCUAUCUCCUCCAUAACAUCCCUUCUCUUCUUUUGUACCUGUUGACUGGUUCCUUUACUUCACAAACACAAGGCAAGAUGAUUGCCGACGCUGUCCGCCGUGCGGUUCUGCAUCCCAACGCGGUGUCGUUCGUCAAGCGCGCUGUAAACGUACAGGGAGGACCAUCGAGCGGUAAUGGCGAGAACGAAGGGGACGAGAUCGAGCUGCCUACCUGGGGCUUUGCGUUGCUCUACGUGAGCUUCGUGGCUUCUAUGGUAUUCAUCAGUCUGAUGUCCUACAUGCUCAACGAAGUCAUCACUACACUUUGCAUGGUCGAGACUCCCACCGCUGCCAUCACCAUCUCUCCCUCCGUCGCCGAGCCCGCAGACAAAGAGGAGAAGGAAGGCCUCCUUGAGGCUGGCCCUACCAUCACACUCGUCCACCAGAAGCCCAUCACGUCCAGCAUCCGCGGCACAAUCAAGCACCUCGUUGCCAACGCCGGCCGCUGGUCGCGCUUCAGGGGUCUCAGGAUCCACGCACUGUACAGCUUUGCCUUUGUCUUCGUCGCACAAAUCUUCGACUCCGUUCUUCCCCACUUUUGUGGCCAGGCUGUCCUCGUUGCCGCUCUGAGCGGCGCAGUCGUCGCCCCUGUACACGCAGCCUGGACCCACAAGGUUGUUUCCCUGCCAUCCGAGCAAAGCUUCUGGCAGCGCAUCCCCGCUAAGAGCCACUGGAAGACCCUUGCGCUCCCCGCUGCCAUCAAGUCUGCUAUGCCGUACAUCAGCGUGUACAUCAUUGCUGGUGUUGCCAUGCUGUUCGGUCUGCACAACAUUGACCAGGAGACCUUCGACUCGUACGACGCUGCGCAGGUGGCAUCGCUCAUCUUCCGCGGCAUCGCCACCCUCCUCAUCGCUGUGUCCUGCACGCUAUUCCUCUGCAUCCCCGCCAUCGUCACCCUCGUCCGCAUCGAGUCUUCCGUUCUCCCUGAGGACCAGGACACCAUCGUCCCAUUCGACCGCACUUUUGGCGGAAAGGUCGUUUCUCAGCACCUCGGCGGAUCUGGAAAGAUCGCCUUCUUGGAUGCGUGGAGGAGCUUCAACUGGGAGGCUCGCCGUCGUCUCAUCGCGCUCUACGUCAAGUCUUUCGCCAUGGUGACGGGUAUGGCUUUUGUCGUCCUGCACAUCCUUGCCUUUGAGGUGUUUGUCAUCAUGGGCCCCGCCCUUGGCAAGCUCCUUGCUCAGGCGCAGCACAGCGGUUAGACGGGUGGUGCGUGAGGAGACGGACGCCAGAUGUUGGAUGGCAGUCAUGGCGUUCUAGCGUAGUUUUCAAGUGGCUCAGAUUGGUUAUCAUGGGAAUUGGCACUGGAAGGAGUUUGAAUCGAGAAAAGAACACUGUAUACUAGUCACAAGUGCAUAUUUUAGUUUUUACCUAUCAACAUGUUCAUCACGUCGAUCGAUGCUUGCACAAGUCCCUGUCCAACUAUCAUGUGCAGCCAGCAAUCACAUGGCGUUCACCCGUCACAGUUGACAUUCAUUCAAGAGGAAAAGUGUUUUCAUUGUGACUAUAUUCACAAGUGGUCAACGACCCAGUAGACGAAAU